CCGCACGGUUAGUAUUUUAGCCAAUGAUUCAAACGUGAUAAAUCUCUUGCGUGUUUUCGUUCGUGGUGUCGCGAGUGAAUUUAGGUCUGCUUGGUUCUGUAAAAUCAACCAUGUCUACCAUAAAUGAUCCAGAUAUACUAACACAAGUUCCGGAUGAAUUGAAAAAACUUGCAAAGCUUAUAAUUCGUGGGUUUUACACCUUCGAACAUGUUCUUGUUAUUGACUUUUUAGUCCGGAAUCAGAUCAUGAAGGAAGACGACAUGGCAGAAUUACUUAAGUUUGAUAAAAAGCACCUCCGUCUCCUUUUGAAUCAGUUGAAAAAUGAUAAGAUUAUUAAACAGACUGUGCGUGUCGAAACACAACCAGAUGGAAGAACAAAUCGCCAUAAUUAUUACUUUAUCAAUUACAAAGUUUUUGUUAAUAUUGUAAAAUAUAAACUGGACAAAAUGCGACUCAAAAUAGAGAGCGAGGAAAGAGACUCGACGUGCAAGGCUUUAUUCUCGUGUCCUGGAUGUAAAAAAGUUUACAAUGAUUUUGAUGCUAUGGACCUUUUAGAUCUUGAUACAGGAGAAAUGAAAUGCACACACUGUGGGGAGAUUGUACAAGAGGAUGAAAGUAAUGUUCCUAGCACUGCCAAGCUUCAAAUCAAGGACUUUGUUCGUCAAGUUGAACCGUUAUAUGAACUCUUACAACAAGUUGAAGACAUUAAAUUGGCUCCAGAAAUACUUGAACCAACACCAGAUGUUGGGGGACUUACCAAAACUCGGCCAAGUGGAAAUACUAAUCGAGGGUAUAGCGGAUGGAGUAACAGUAUGGGUGCUGGAAUUGCAUACAACCAGAGUCUUACAAUUGAGGUUGGAGAAGCAGACAAGAGUAAAAAGGAAGGGCCCAAACCCAAGGAGAUGCCUGUCUGGUUAGCCAAGAGCACGAUAGAUGGUGCUAUAACAGAACAACAACCAUUUGAACUUGCCUCAUCUACUGAAUUAAAGAGUCCAACAAAAUCCCACAACAGCGAAGAAAUUAUGAAAACAUUGCUGGCUCACGAAAAAAAAGGUAGCGGAGCCCUGGCUUCCGCUUUCCCGACUGAUAAUGGAAGUGACAAUGAAAGCGAUAAAAGCGCGUCCGAUGAUGAGUUUACCGCAGAUGCGGCAUUUGGUACCAGAAUUAGCGAGAGAACUGAUUACCAGGCUGUAGAUAUGGUCAGUGAUGAUGAUGAGGAAGAAGAUGAGGAGAUGAUGGUGACAGUUAAUGGUGAACCAAUGCCAUUCCAAGAUGUUACAGACGACAUUUUACAUCAGAUGACACCGUCAGAGAAGGAAAAUUAUAUUGAACUUGGGAGACGGGCUUAUGAGGCUAUGUAUGAAUAAUGCAAUAGUUUCUGUAUUCAUUAAAACUUGUACAAAGCAAACACUGUUUUAUUCUGAAGCCAAAAGAAAUGUUGCGUUUGCCCAAGCCUAACUGAUAAAAAAUGUGGUGGUUUUUUUUUUUUUUCAAGGAGAAAGCACAAAAUAUUUAAAAUAUGCCGCUUUUCAAAAUUUAUUUGAUAAAUUUAUUCGAUUUUUGCCCUUUGGUUUUUAUUUUAACAGCCAAAACUAAAUGAGGUUAGUGAUGAUUGUUGAUGAAAACAAUGAUUCGUCCCUUGUUAGAAUAUUGUAAUACAGUUGUGAAUCCUAUUAAUAAAAUGGAUCAAGAUCUCUUAGAAAAAGUCCAACAGAGAGCCACUAAGAUGAUUCCUGGUUUGCGAAGAUUGUCAUCAUGUCCUAAAGUAUUACAGUUCUGCAAAUGGUCAACAAAUUGUUUAACUUUAUUUUGAUAGUUAAUUCUAUUAAACAAUGAAUGCACAAAUAACUUUGAAAGGCAAUUACUCAAAAUCAUGUUUAUCUUGACUUUAGAGUGCUGUAUUUUCA